CUCUUUGAAAAAUUCAUGCUCAUACACAUGUCCUGAAACAUCAGGUCAUUCGGUACAACCGCUAUAAAAUAUGGAAAAUGUUGUAAUAUUUUAAAAACUUGUACUAAAGACAAAAUGGUUGAUUGUCCUUUUGCUAGCUAUCCAGAAAGUUAGCAAGUUAAAAUGACAAUCAGCCUGCAAGCACUGUUUGAAAAUAUCAUCAUUCGGUAUAACCAAAAGUGAUUCAGGGCAUAUUAGCUGUUCAGUCUUCGAGAAGAAAUCAUUGCUAUACACACCCAUGUCACUUCUGUGGUCAACAUCAAGUUUUCUCUUGCCUUCUUUAAUAUCACCAUGUAAAAAUAUUGCUGUAAGUCAAAAUCCAAACCACAAGUGUGGAGCUACUCUAGUUUGCCAGAUUGAAAAACUUAAGCAAACACAGACACCUGUCUUCAAUCUACAAAAAUCUGGUUUAGUGGAACAUUUGAUAGUAUGUUCAAGGUCAGACCUAAGAGAGAAAAAUGAAAUCGCACAUGCUGAAACAGCUCUAAAUGAAGAUGGGAGCCCCGCAGCUAAACACUCCACUGAGUUAGCCAUGCAUCACGGCAAUUCCUCAGGCGAAUCAACGCCACUCAACCCAUUUUCCAAUCACAGUCAAUGGGAAGGACAGGCGACCUCUCCAUCACUUGCCGAUCCCGAGAAUGUCACCUCGGAGAGACCGAUCCUGAGCGGCCCCAUAGCUGCGAUGCUUUCGAUGACCCUGGGGAUCUUAUCUAACAUUGUGGCUUUACUCAUCCUGGCCAACGCCUAUGCCCGUCUACGUCGACGAUCCAAAGCCUUUCUCCUGUUCGCCGGCUCUCUGGUGGCCACAGACUUUGUGGGACACGUCAUACCUGGUUCAAUAGUCAUGAGGCUGUAUCUUUCUGGUGGUGUACCCUCUGAAGAAUACAACAGGGCGGACCCAUUAUGCCAGUUUCUAGGGGGCAGCAUGGUGUUUUUUGGACUGUGUCCGCUCUUUCUUGGUUGUGCCAUGGCAGCUGAGAGGUGUUUGGGUGUGACAAAGCCGCUGCUCCAUGCUUCACUGGUUACGACCGCAAGGACUAAACUCUCACUUUCUGUUAUCUGGUUAGCAGCUCUUUGUGUUGCCCUUCUGCCCUGCUUUCAGCUGGGUUCAUACACCUACCAGUACCCUGGAACCUGGUGUUUCAUUAAAGUGCUGGAGGAUACAGAGAAGGCAGACGUGGCUUUUGUUAUGUUGUUCUCAGGACUGGGGUUGACAUCCCUUGCUGUUGCUUUGGUCUGUAACACCAUAAGUGGACUGACUCUGGUGUUAGCGAGGAUACGAAAGAAACCCUGCAACCGUCGAUCAGCUAAAUCCCAUGAUAUUGAGAUGGUGGUGCAACUUGUGGGCAUAAUGGUCACAUCUUGUAUCUGCUGGAGCCCUCUUCUGAUUGUUGGCCUUAUUACAGUGAAACAGUCGUACGAGGGCUCUGUUGGAGAUGACCUUGCCACCUAUAAGACCCUGAUGAUAAUGGGGGUGCGAAUAGCUUCCUGGAACCAGAUACUGGACCCAUGGGUCUACAUUCUUCUCCGUCGUUCCAUCCUCCAAAAGAUUUACCUCAUCACCAAACGUCAAACAGAUUUUAAGGAAAGCACUUUUCGCUGCUGGGAGAUCCAUUCCUUCCCCAGCUCAGAGAAGAAUCCUGUCAGCAGAGUCUGAGUCUGAUUUUACUGUCUGUACAUCAGUAAAUACCAUGAGCUAUACCAUUGAGGAUCUCAGUGGCCCCCUUUUAUUUUAGCAUGUGGCACACAUAUUAAAAAUGUAUUUAUUUAAGCAAAUUUGCACAAAGAUAAAUAGAUGAACAUUCAUUUUACUCCCUAAGGCUAUAGAGCACUAAUAAUAAGGAUUUGGUUGGACAUAUUCAUGUCAGUGUAACAGAGAACUAUAAUUAUUUGGUGUCUUGGGCCUUCAGUUAGUAAUUGAAGCAUUAAUUCAGCCAGUUUUUUUGCUUUAGGUCUGGGAUAGUGUUUUCAUUUGUCACCAGAUGUUCCCCAUGACGACAGCCCUGGGCAUGAAACCCGACAUGACAGGGACAAGACAUAUAUUAAAGUAUAUGUUUUACUGAAAAGAAAUGUUCACCUAAAGUUAACCCAUCAAGAUUUUAUACUGCAUAAUCAUCAAUAAUAUAUAUAUAACUGUGAGGAAAACCCCUAUUUCUGAGACUGAGUUUCCCUUAUGUUUAUCUUACUGUGCAAAAAUGCUCAUGUGAAUAAGUAUUGGUUAUGUUAUUGUAUAAUUUAUUUCUUGUGUUAUCCCUCCAAUUUUCUGGAGGCUUGUUGUUAUUUUACAUUGAAAUGCAUUAUACAUAUUAUAACAAAACAAAUUACUGUGUGUGAAUUCCAUUUCUGUUGCUACUUAUUAAACAAUUUUUUAUUGAAAAAAAAAAUUACUUUGUAACUAAUUUGCCGCAUGAAGCACGCUAAACCAAUCUGCAGGCUGAAACUUAAAGGAUUAAUUCACUUUCAAAUUA